AUGCAUGUGCUAGCCUUUUGUCCUAUUGCAGCUCAAUGUUGGGAGAAGGCUGCUAUUCGAAUUCCUACACAGCAGGACACCAGUUUCUUGGACUGGUGUGUCUCGAUUUUCAGUAGUGCAAACACGGCAACUUGCAGAUUGUUUUGUGUCUUAUGUUGGUCUAUUUGGGGAGCUAGAAAUGACAAAGUAUGGAAAAACAAAGAUUCUAGUGCCUCCUUUAUUUUUGCUUUCGCUGUUUGUUACCUUGAACAAUGGACUUUGGCACAAGCUCCUUACUUGGAGACAUCACGGACUGGUUUACUAGUCGGGGAUGGGAAUGACCGAUGGUGCGCACCAAAUGCUAAUGAAAUUAAGGUAAAUGUAGAUGCAUCAAUAUUUGGCAGUAGCCAAGACUAUGGCUAUGGAAUGGUGGCUAGAGAUGAACAUGGUUUUAUGCUGGAAGCUACUUCUCGGCUUUGUCAUGGGUAUGUUCGACCAGAGUUAGCUGAGGCAAUUGGGGUUCGAGAGGCUUUAAGCUGGAUAAAAAAUAAACAAUGGCCUCAGGUGACCUUAGAGACUGAUUCAAAUUUAGUAGCUCAUACGAUUGCUAGAGCUGCUAUUUCUUACCCUGACCGUGUUUUCAGUAUGGAAAAUGUCCCAACUGAUCUGCUUCCUCUUUUGGUUGUUGAAUUUGAAGUUUAA